GCGCUUCUCCCUCCCGCUGCUCCUCUCAACCUCCAAGCUAUUCCCCCUGUCCCGUACUAAAUGCCUCCUUUCUUCUCCUACACCACCCUCCCCUACUGGCUCACGGAGGGCCCUUACCCCAUGCGCGAGUUCUCGGAGUAUUUGGUGGAGCUAACUAACGUGGAGCUGCUGCCCUUCGCCGACGAAGAUGCGUGGGAGUUGCACCGUGCGCCGUACAAGUCGGUGGCGCUGGGGAUGUUCCGGUUCUUCGUGGAUCACGAAGACCACGCUAUCGGGGAGCACUUCGACGUUUACUACCUCCAGACAAUCGAUCCGGGAUUGUUGGAGCUCMUACAUCUUGAGCUCCUCUCCAUUGCGCAAGUGAUCGCGAGCGAGGAGGAGGAGAUCCAACCACGAUUGUGGACGGCGACGGCCCCGCGGAGAACGUACAACGCGGUCGUCAUCCCGGAUUACAUUGCGCGGCGCGCGGAGAGAUUGGAGGACUUCCCAGAGGAAAGGCCGUUGCGUCCUCCCUCGUCGUAUCCUCGACCAGCGCCACCGAAGCCCCCCAAGAAGACGCCGAAGAGGAAGAGACGCCACCCGUCGCCAGGAGCGCAAGGCAGCAGGAUCGGCGGCGGCGAGGAGGUGAUUCAGCCCACGCGUACGCGGAUUCCUGACCCUGUGCCUGGGAGUGCGGCGACGCUCGUUAAGGAGACUAUCGUGCCAUCGACGCCCAUUCCGCGUGUGCUCGAUCUCAAUCUUGAUGGAGCCGGGCCAUCAGCAGCAGCAGCAGCCGGAGGAGGAAGCCGAAUGGGAUUUCCGGAUCCCAUAUCCAGACCCCCCGUCCUCGCGGGACCUCUCCUUCAUAUGAGCCGGACGGUCCAUCCGACCGAGGUGGACUUCAUGGUGGAGCCCGCCACCAUCAGGCUCGAGGCCAUCGUGGGGGCGCCGCGCCCUGAUCCGGCGUGGGAGCCAUAUCUGACACCCCCUUUCCAAGGGUGUAUUGCGGCGCGAUUGGCUAGGACGCUCAUCUACGAGACCGGGCAGCGUCCAAAUGCGAUGUACCACUUCCUGGUCUUCGCGGCGCAGAAGCGGGAGCGGCGGCCUUACACCAAGACUCAUGUGGUGAUAACGGGUCCAGGGCCCUGAUCGGUGCGCAAGCGGGUGGUGCGAGUGGUAGCGGAUUUGGCGCCACGUGUCCUCUCACAUGUGCCGAGGGCUUUCCUUUACCCCUCAUUAGUCCAGCAUCACUUCCAUGAGGAAGAUGCGCCGACGACUCCUGCGGCAAUGACCGCUUUUCUUCCACCUAUUCCGCCCCCUCUCAAUCCCGACAUAGAUCACUUCCUCUGAUCACCCUCGUCUACCUCUCCCCUGUCCUCACCUUCUCCUUCUCUUCUUUUUCUUCUUCUUCUUUUCCGGAUCUAAAGCUUGUGCGACGAUA